AAGGGAUUGAGUGAGACAUAAAAAGCCAACAGAAACAUCAGAAGCCAACGUUUUAUCCUCUUUGAAACCACCAAAGCGAUAAUAAAAAUAAAAUGGCAGUGAUAAUCCGCUGCAGCUCUUGCUUCUCUUCUCCACCCUCCUCCGAUCACAUCAUCUCCCCCAAACCCCAUAUUCCAGCUGGAAAAUUGGCCUCUCUUCUGUUUAGAGCACGGAAGUUUACAUCAUCAUCUGGAGAUGCUUCAAGUAUACUAUCUGCUUCUCGCCAUAAGUUGCCAGGCAGCGAAAGUGUGCACAUAAGGCCUGCAUCCGAAGGGCAUCUGAACACUGUUCAAGUACCGCCUGUUUGUGACAAAUUUCUUGAACUAUUGUCUGCUCAUCAGGGAAACAUGCAAUUGAGAUCCUCGGCAAUGGCUUUUCUUGUUACUAAUGCCUUGAUGUGGACUACCCCUUUUGAAGCUUUAGCUGAAACAUGUGAGGCAGAUAGCUCUAUCUUCAACAUGCCUUUGCUGUUAUUUGUGGCCCUUGUAGGGGCAACUGUUGGAGGGUUGCUUGCACGGCAGAGGAAAGGGGAAUUGCAGCGGCUGAAUGAGCAAUUACGCCAGAUCAAUGCUGCUCUAAGAAGGCAAGCCAAGAUCGAGUCCUAUGCCCCCACCUUGAGCUAUGCUCCUGUUGGUAGUAGAAUACUAGAGAGUGAAGUGAUUGUUGAUCCAAGGAAGGAGGAGUUGAUUUCUCGAUUGAAAGUUGGAAAGAAUUUUUUGCGGAAUCAAGAUCCAGAGAAAGCAUUUGUGGAGUUUAAGUCAGCUCUUGAGCUUGCUCAGAACCUGAAGGAUCCAAUAGAGGAGAAGAAGGCUGUAAGAGGUUUAGGAGCCUCACUGCAAAGGCAGGGUAAACUUCAAGAAGCUAUUAAAUAUCACUGUAUGGUUCUUGCAAUCUCCAAGAGAGAAGGAGAGGAAUCCGGAAACACGGAGGCUUAUGGAGCAAUAGCGGAUUGCUACACUGAACUUGGUGAUCUCGAGCAAGCUGCCAAAUUUUAUGACAAAUAUAUUGCAAGGUUGGAAACAGACUGAUCGGUUUCAUCCUAAUAACAUUAGACAUCAUCAUAGGUUGUGGAUUAGUUCAUUAAUUUUUGCUACUGGCUUUGUCUCCAUAUCUUUUGCUUUGUAUCGUUCUGUUGUCUUUCAGCUAGCUAUGAUUUGUGAUUGUUGAAUUUUUUUUUUUUCUCAUCACAUUACAACUCCUUCCAAGGGGAACACCGAAUUGCGUUUUUGAAGUUUCUCUUUAAUAAGCAGGUGUUGUAAGGCUA